GCAAGCAUUCACUGCCACGGCAGGUCUCUUCAUCUCUGAUCUGUACUGCGGUCAGUUGCUGCUGGACAUGUCAAUUAUAUAUGAUAGGAAUCACGGAAUUCUGCACCGGUGACUGUUUUCAACAGCAGGCGAGGCGUCGGUUUAGACGAAAAAAGAAAGAACCCGAAGGUUUUAGGUGGAACUGUCUCCAAUGACAAACUUGGACCAAAGAUGAAGAAGAGUUUUGAUCAUGGUUUCAUUGCUGAACUUAUUGUGCGUCUGCUACUUCUAGGUCUGUUUCUCGUAACGGAGGAGCUGCCUCCUUUCAGACGUGAGAUCCAACCUGAGGAACUCUGGCUCUAUAGGUUCCAUCCGGUCACAAAGGACCGUGUUUCCACUCACCUCAUGUUUACUAUCACCCUUUGUACUCCAUUGGUGGUUAUCUUCUUCUUUGCCAUCUUUAAACAAGCUGAAAAGGGAGAGGUCAAAGAGGCAUCCUUGGCUGUGACUUUGACCCUGGUGUUAAAUGGAGUUUUCACUAAUGCAAUCAAGCUAGCUGUGGGCAGGCCACGACCUGAUUUCUUCUAUCGUUGUUUUCCGGAUGGCCAAAUGAACCCAGAGCUUCACUGUAGCGGUGACCCAGAUGUUGUGAUGGAAGGCAGGAAGAGCUUCCCUAGUGGACACUCUUCCUUUGCGUUUGCUGGUCUGGGCUUCACUGCCCUGUACGUGGCAGGGAAGCUGCACUGUUUUAGCCCAGUAGGCAGAGGCAAAUCCUGGAGGUUGUGUGCCUUCCUCACCCCCCUUCUUUUUGCCAUUUUGAUUGCCCUUUCUAGAACAUGUGACUACAAACAUCACUGGCAAGAUGUGUUGGUGGGAUCCCUCCUCGGUUUGGCCUUCUCCUACUUAUGUUACCGACAGCAUUACCCAGCUCUCUGUGACUCGGACUGCCACAGACCCCUCAAAAUUAGAGAGGCAGCAGUUCCUGCACAGGAACGCAAGCAAGCCAACCCAAGCUACCUCUUACCUUUGUAGGGACACUAAAUUCUGUUUUAACCCGCCCAGACCAACAACCAUAUUACUGUGUCAAAGUUUACCUUACCAGCUGACUCUGGAUAUACAGUAUAAACUUCUUGAAGCCAGUUGCUACGAUUAUGUCUAUUUUUUGUGUGUGAUGCCUAUCAACCAACGGGUAUUUCAUGUUUUUGCCUUUCUAUACAGUUGUAGACAUUCUCAAUUAAUGUUUGGUGUAUUGUCAAGCUCUUUUGAAAAUGUCUUUAAAACUUUGUAUCAUGUCAAGAUCUUUGAGGUUUAUAUGUGAAAUAAAUCAGCUAAAGACCGUAAUGUAUGUUACAACAGCUUAUAGGUCUAUUUUACGGCGUAGCAGACAUAUUUAUAGAUUACUCCAGACUAGACUGUAUGAUAAUGGAAAUCUUCCGAUAUCUUGGUCAAUAAUAAAUCUUUUUUU